UGACGUCACCGCGCUCCUUCCUGCCCGCUGCAGACUUCCGGCUUCUCUUUGAAGUUUGUCUCCGGUCUCACCGACAAACGGAGAAUUCACCGGGAGUCCGAGCUUCACCGGGAGUCCGAGCUUCACCGGGAUCCACGCGGACACACUUCUGGACUCUAUGGUUCGACCGAACACGGACACAUCUACCUCUCCGCCGUUAAAUCCUGAACCAUGGAGGACCCGAACAAGCCUCAGCGUAAGAUGUCCACAGCAGGAGACAGUCUGUACAAAGUGCUGGGCCUGGAGAAAGGAGCAUCUGCAGACGACAUAAAGAAGGCGUACAGGAAACUGGCGUUGAGGCAUCACCCCGACAAGAACCCCGACAACCCCGAAGCUGCGGAGAAGUUCAAGGAGAUCAACAACGCCAACUCCAUCCUCAGCGACGAGAACAAGCGCAAGAUCUACGACGAGUAUGGAUCCAUGGGGCUCUACGCCGCCGAGCAGUUCGGGGAGGAGGGCGUCAAAUACUACUUCCUCAUGUCCAAGUGCUGGUUCAAGGGCCUCGUGGCGUGCUGCAGUAUUUUGACCUGCUGCUGCUGUUUGUGCUGCUGCUGUUUCUGCUGCGGGAAGUGCAAAACGUCAGAGGACGAGGAUCAGUUCAUGUACAUGGACCCCGAGGACCUCGAGGCAGAGAUAAGAGAACAGGACGCAGCGGGAGACCAUGUAAUAAUUAUUCAGCCCAGUCCUAGUGACACUUCAGGUGAAGUUGGCAACACUUCAGGUGAGAAUGCUCCGAUUGUGAUUCAGCCUCACGCGACCAACGGCACCUCGGGUUCCUGAUCCGGCAUAAAUGAGUGAGUGGAUUCCUCCAGCGCCUGGACUGUGUGUCGUAAAGCCACGUCAUCGUCAUCUGCAGCUGCAUUUAUCAUAUUCAAAGUGGCUGAUAUUUAAAUUAUGGGUUUGAAUGUUUUUUUUUUAUCAGAGACUCGCAGAAAAAAAGGUGUUCGUCAUGCAGCCAUUGUGAUCGUGCCGUAGUUUUGUUUUGUUUUGCUUUUUAAGUGCCAACGGGUUUGUCUUUAUAUUUAUUUUUUUAACUUUUGAAUAUCGGGCAGUAUCUGGACUGCAGUGACAAAUGACUAAGCCACGCAGAUCAAAGCUCUGGAAAAUAUUUCUCACGUGCACUUUAAAGUUCAUGUUUAAAAUCUGCCGCAACGGUCUGAAAACAUUUCGGCUCAGGAAGCCUCUUGGGUCAGAAAUGUUCUUUUUUUUUUUUAUGCAACUUUAUAUAGGCAGGUUCAAACUGUUUUUAGUUUAUAAGAGGCCAACCACUCGGAGACUUACGAGGUGUUCAGUCAUGCUGCACAUAGAAAUAGAAAUGUCAUCUUCCUCAAAUCUAAAAUGUAUAUUGCGUCUAAACCAAAGGACGCACUUUAAAUGUUUGGAUGUCCACUGCCUGUGAGUAGCCUGAUGAGAAUUAAUAUAAUAAUGCUGACAUUACUAUGAUAAUUCAACAUUCUGGGAGAAACACUCGCUCACUUUCUUUCUGGAAGUUAGAUGAGAUUCCCACGUUGACGAUAUUUGACAGAGCCGUAUGAUUGCAGAGUUUUCCAUGUAAGACUUGGUAAACAGUAUUUACAAGUCGAAAAUUAAGAUUUACGAAUAUCUCUGAUAUGAAAAAUACAUCAACCCACACAGCAGCUUCCAGAAAAAUCCGGCUUUCCCAGUAAUUCUCAUUUGGCCGUCGACUUCAGUGCUACUUUCCUAGUCUUGUCAUCACUGUCAGGUUUCUAUCCUGUGUUAUAGUCAAAGACGCCCUGAGUGGAAGUACUGGGCGGGUGGAUAAACAAAGUUAAAACCACAGCUUGAUGUCCUCAGAUUAAACAAACGACACACGGCAUGUUGAUUAUUCAAAUUCAGAGCCGUUUGUUGGAUUUUAGCUGUUUCCCUCGUCAAUCGUCUCAUCUUAACUCUCGUAAAGAAAGUGAAUGAACGUGUUUUUCCCGUUGAUAUUGAGCGGUCUUCAAAACGAGACGGGCGGUGCUGUUCAGGUGCACAUCAGGUGACCUCGAGAUAAAACACAAGAGAUGUUUAAUCAGGUACUGGAAAAAAAAAAAAAACUCCCAACAAGUCGUCUGAUAUUUUCUGAAACACACUCUGCGCACACUUUGACACUAAAGCCAACAUCGUGACGACUGAUUUGAUUUAUUGCCAAAUCUUCUGAUGAUCCAGAUGUGUCGAAGCCUUCUCCUGAAGAUCUCACUCUGUGGUAUGUGUGUGUGUGUGUGUGUGUGUGUGUGUGAGGAUAUAUUGCCUGUGUGAAUCGCAGCACUCAAUACAAGAAAUCAUUUUUGUUUUUAAUGUAAAUCCAGAGAUACAUAUAUUUUUUUGAUUGGAGUGUAUAUUAAGAUAACGCCUUAAAUUAUGUCAUCUGUCAUGUUUACAUUGUCUUUUUUUUAUCUGUGCUGGGUGGAGGAGUGUUUGGGUUUUGUACAACUCUAAUCGUCAUUUUUAGCAUUUGAUCUGUUUAUACAUAAACAAUCUGAAACCUGUAUUUGAAGUUUUGUAUAUUUUUGUAGUAACGAAUCAGAACUUCACAAAGGUGCCUGAUCACAUUUGAGUUUUCUUCUUCUUCAGGUUUGAAUUGUUUGAUCACAGAU